AUGGCAAGCACGACGAGGACGGAAACCGUCACACAAGCAGUGAUUCACCUAGUAUCCUCUGCGGCACCUCCUGCAACGUCCGAGCAGCAAAAUGCAAGCAUUGAGCAGCAGAAACAGGUGUCUUUUGAGGAGGGCACGGUGGACAACGAAAACUUGGGAAGGAAAAGCAGUAAAGUUUGCUGCAUCUACCACAAACCCCGAGCGUUUGCAGAGAGUAGCAGUGAAAGCGACAGUAGCAGUGACGGUGAUAUUACCGAAGGGGCGCAGAAAGCUGGCAAAGUAAGGAGGCUACGAAAGUCCAAGGUCGAGAAGGAGAGUGGGAGUGGACAAAGAAACUGCUGUCAUGGAUCUUCGGAUAUGAAGCAAGCCCAAGUGAACGCCAAGGAUUGA